CACUGGGGCCGGCCGAGGCUGGGCCCCGCGGCGCCGGGGAACCAGGCGCGCUCUCCCAGCCAGGCGGGGAAAAGUCUCCGAGUCUCCGCCCCGCGUGGCGCGUCAAACGCGUGCCGAGGUUCGGGGCCUGCGGGUCCGAGAGACGUUCCCAGCGUGCGCGCGCGCCCAGCCCCGGGCAGCCUUUCGGCGUGGGCGGCGGCGUUGGCCAUGGCCCCGUGGGUAGGCGCCGGGCUCUUCCACCUCACUCCCAUCGGAGCCCUGUGGCUCAUCCUGGCCUGCGCCUUCCUCCUGGCCCUGCUGCUGCAGACCGCGCCGCCCAGCGUCUUUCCGCAGGGGCCCUUGGCUCUGUCCACCUUUUUCCAGGACCUGAUCCGAUAUGGGAAAACCAAGAGCGUGGGGCAGCAGCGCCCGACCUCCUAUGAGGUCUUCGAUGUCCCCAAGAGGUGGUUUUGCCAUUUCUACAUCAUUUCGGUGGUGUGGAAUGGCUUCUUGCUCCUAUGCCUUACCCAAGCCUUGUUCCUAGGAACACCCUUUCCAGUGUGGCUUCAGGAUUUGCUCAGAAAACUCGGGGCUUCACAAAUGCAAGGUGAUGAGCUGGUCCUUUCCACCUUUUUGGUGCUAAUGUUUAUGUGGCUCCAUAGUAUAAGAAGACUCAUUGAGUGCCUCUUCAUCAGCGUGUUCUCAGAGAGCGUGAUUCACGUGGUCCAGUACUGCUUUGGAAUCUCUUACUAUGUUAUUAUUGGCUUGACAGUGCUGUGCCAAGCACCAAUUGAUGGCAGAAAUGUUUAUAUAGGGAAGAGUCUGUUGAUGCAAGCACGUUGGUUCCAUAUCCUGGGAAUGAUGAUGUACAUCUGGUCAUCUGUCCAUCAGCACAGGUGUCAUGUCAUCCUGGCUAAUAUGAGGAAAAAUGAUUCAGGAAAGGUCAUUCACUCUAACUACAGAAUUCCUUUUGGAGACUGGUUUGAAUAUGUUUCUGGCCCUAAUUAUUUUGCAGAACUGAUGAUCUAUGUGUCCUUGGCUAUCACCUUUGGAUUCUACAAUUUUACCUGGUGGCUUGUGGUAUCAUAUGUCCUCUUCAGCCAGGCCUUGGCUGCCGUUUUGAGCCACAAAUUCUACCUGAGCAAGUUUGACUCCUAUCCAAAGCAUAGGAAGGCUUAUGUGCCAUUUUUGUUUUAAGAUUGUCUGUAUUUUAAAAACAAACUAAACAAAACCCUUUGCAGAUUCUGAGCAAGAGGAUUUACAUUCCCGGGAGCAAAAGUGAUGGGGUAGGGGUGUAGAAAGAGAAUUACUUUAUGCUAAAGCCAGGUGUGCAGGACAGAACAAAAGUCUUGCUUCUGUUUUUAUAUGAAAACCAGAAUGGAUAAAAGAACCUCAUGAGCAGAUAGAAACUUCAAGAAAUACAUGUUUUUAAACAGAUCUUAGAAAACAAGCCAAAUGCAGCAGAUGAGACUAUUCUAGGCCACUUCGAAAGCACACCAGUGAAAAACUGUUAAGGUGCUUCAGAAAAAAAGAAGAAAUAAUAUGGCCUGAGACUCUGGAUGGUUUGUCCGGUCAGUAUGAGGUUUACUAACUGGGCUAUGAGCAAAGACCCAUCAAGAAUGUAGGACAUGCCUCCCAAUUUUUUUGCACUCUCUUUUUUCCUUCCUUCCUUCCUUCCUUCCUUCCUUCCUUCCUUCCUUCCUUCCUUCCUUCCUUCCUUCCUUCCUU